AUGGAUAAAGUAGAAUCCGAAUGCGUUCUCUGCGUUUAAGAGGCUGAAAUCAUUGCAUUGGGUCAUUGUAAUCACAAGACCUUCUGCUAUUAAUGCAUGAUCAAAAUGAGAGUCAUUAGCAAAAUCAAGGCCUGUCCUAUUUGCAAACAAAUCUUGGAUAAAAUAAUUCUCACAGAUAAUCUCUAAGCUCAAUUUAGUGAUUAUUCUAUAAGCAACCUGAUGUCCAUCAAUUAUUCCAAAGAUUCAAAAGAUGUAUUCUUCACAGAUUCAGCACAAAUCAAGGAAAAAAUAGAAGGUUUGAACAGCUUUAAAUGUCCAUUCCAAGACUGCCAAAUGGAUUAGUAAAUAAGUAACUUCAACCAAUUAAAAUUACACUUAAAAGUCGAACAUAUGCGUUUCUAUUGUGAUGUGUGCAUCGAGCAGAAGACAUGUUUCUUGGGAGAAUAAUAAUUAUAUUCAGAUUACUAAGUUAGACGUCAUAUGAAUAAUGGUGAUUUGGAUGAGGAUUCAAAUAUCAUAUUUAAACAUCCCUUUUGUAAAUUUUGUAGAAAACAUUUUUAUGAUGAAGAUAAAUUUAAAUAACAUUUAAAUCUUGCUCACAUUAAUUGCAGUUUAUGUGAAGACAUGAAAUUCACUUUCUAUAAAGAUCAUGGAAGUUAUGAAAGACAUUUGAAGCUGUCACAUUUUUUGUGUGAGGAACCAGAAUGUAAACAAAUGUUAGUCGUGUUCAAAAAUUAAUGUGAAUUAGAUAUGCAUAAACAGAGUCAUUGCAAUGAUCCUAGAAUUAAAAAGAUGUCCAACCUAAAUGUGUAGCAAAUAGCAGGAUUCUAUGAAGAUCCUAAAUAGAAAAAAUAACUCAAUGAUAAAGAAGGAGAAGAUUUCACAGAUCAAUUCAUAUCACUUGAACAAACUAAAUUAAGGGCUGUGACUUAAAUUGAUCAACACAAAGAUGAGAAUAUUGAUUUUAGAGAAUACUUGUAUGUGGACUAUAAUGACGAUUAAGACAAACUUAGUGAUUAGAGUGAAAAAAUGCAUUCAUAAUAAAAUAUUUUUUUAGAGGAUUUGCAAUUAAUUAAGCCAUAUACACUUCCUCAUAUGAAGUUCCAAUCUUUUAUGGCAAAAUGCUCAUAAUUCUUUAAAGGCUAGAAAAAUAAAGAAGAAUCACUAAGAAAAUUAAUUCAACUAUUUGAAACAGAUAAAAUGAGCGCAGAACAUUACGUAAAUAGCUUCAUUCAAAUGUUCGAACCUAAAACAGGAUUAAGAUUAAUUACAUUUUAUAUGGCUAUGAAAGAUGUGAAAGAUCAAUUUUCGAAAAUUUUAGAUGAUGCUUACAUAAAGUAGUUAAAAGCAUUGCCAAGAAGAAAUAAUCCAAUCAUUAUUGUCUGUAAAACAUAUUCAGAAUUAUUUAUUAAAUUAUUGGAAGAAUUAAACAAAAAUUUAAUCAAAAGAAUUGAAGAUGGAGAUUUGGUUUAGUAUUAAGAUACCAUCAUGCCCAAAGAAAGAAUCUUUUAAUUGAUUGAGGUUUUGAGACAUGUUAAGACAUCUGAAAUGGGAAAAUUCAAAUUUGCUUUGAACUUUGGUCUCAGCACAUAAAUGAUAUUUCAAAAAUUUAAUGUAAAAAAUUUCAUUAUUUAUCAAUUAGAACACAUAUCUGCCAUAUCAAAUCACGAUUUAGUUCCAUUUUAUCUUUAUGUAAAUUUGAGUAUGAAGAUUUUAAGAGGAGAACAAAUUCACAAAGAAAAAAAAGAUCUCAAUGAAUGUGUUUACUAUGAAUUCUUCCAGAACAAUAAAAAACUGUUUAGUUUGAUAAAGAAACCAGAUAAUAGUGAUCUUAACAGACAAAACUUAUUAUAGAAAUAAAAUUAGCUGAAUAGAAAUGGAAUUGAAAUGAAUCCAGCUGAUUUUCCUUCAUUACCUAAAGCAUAAAAAUAGGAAUAAAAAUUAGAGUAGCAAUUUUAUGUCAAAUAAAAUGAACCCCAGCAAUAGUAAUAAUAAGUAAAGAAAUCAAAACAACGACAAUAACAGAGCCAAGCAAUUGGAAAGUGGUAGAAUAGUGGAGCAGCCAUUUUUUAAAAUCAAGCUGCAAUUGAAGAUUAAUUCCCCAGUCUGACUUCCAACACUACUUAAGCUCCUUCAAAAAAUGUUAAAUCUAAUAACGGACAGUUUUAAGAUGAUGAUUUUGUUCCUCUAGCUGAUUAUAAAUCGGCUAAACAAAAUGAAGAAAGUGAAUGGGAUAGUAAUCCUAUAAUACCAAAAAAAAAUACAUAAAUGAAAGAGGUUGCCUAAAUAAAGAAAAAGAAUAAAAAUAUUGUAUAGAUUUCAGGAGGUUUUAGAUGA